AUGCCGCCGGACGUUCGCAGAAGAUCUCGCACUGGCUGCAAGGCGUGUCGUCGCCAGCAUCGCAAGUGUGACGAGCAGCGGCCUGCUUGUAGUGCCUGCAGCAUCCGUGGCGCUGCUUGCGAUUACCAGAGACCAUUGAAAUGGACUGGCUUGUGCAGCUCGUCAAACUUCCACCAACAGGUGCCCGCGAAUAAUUCCCAGGCGCAGGGUCUCCUAGUGUCGUCAUCGCCGAUUCGCUUCCAGUUGGGUGUUGAGGUUGCUGGAUGGCUUGUGCAUACAGCUGAGGCACUGCAACCAGCUGUAGAUACUGAGAUUGAACAUCUCGGAUGCGUGACUUCAAAUCCUAGUCUCUCAGGGGAUACUCUAGAGAAUGAGGAUCUUGUAACGUUGGAACAACAAAGCAGCAAUCAUCAGGAUUCACAAAUAGAGGAUAGUCUGCCCGAAAACAUCGAUACAGAUGAAGUUAUAUCCGAUAGAACUCCUCCAGAACCAACGGAGACAUCACAUACCCCCGAGCACGCGUCCCGUUCCAGCGGCUCUAGUGGGAAUAUCACUGUCAAUGCCCUGAGUAGCCUCUUUGUCGAGGUAUUCCAAUACCCCAAUGACGAAGCUACAUUCACCUAUUACCUUAGACGCGUAUCCUCUUGCACGACUGCAUAUGAUAGCGACCACAACCCAUAUCGAAGGCUAGCAAUGGCUGCUCUAUCAUACCCCGUACUCCUCCAUAGCAUAUUGGCUGUGGCAACAGCACAUAUGGAAAUGUUCGGGCAAAGCAAUCGAUCUAUACUGUAUUCGCGACAAUCUGAAGCAUUGAAGUCAUUAAGAACAGCUUUGAAGUACUUAAACUUGGAGGACAACCAGGGCCCAGAUACCCAGAAGACUAUUGAAGUGGAAGGAGUUUUCGCUUUCCAUUCUCCUGGAGAAAUCACCCUGGCUGCUAUGAUGAUGCAGACCUCGUCAGUACUCAUGAUGGACCUAAGCAACAUCGGGACACAUAUGACGUAUGCAUUGUAUCUUAUUCAGCACCUUGGGUACAUGUCUCGGCCUCCUCGAUCACCAUUUCUUAAAACGCUGGUUUAUCGGUUCGCAAUGGUUGAUGUCGUCCUUGCCUUUGUGCAAUCAACGCGCCCACGCGCCCCAUUAGACUUUUACAUGUAUCAAGACAGCAGAGAUGAACUUGACCAAGAGCCAUCGUUUUUAGAGAUGCAUGGCUGCAAUCGGCGCGUCCUGUCUUACCUGGCUCAGAUAGCGAAUUUGAGCGCAGAACUCAUUGAGUCUGAAUCUCGCAAGUCUGCUGUUCAAGCCACAGGUUAUGACCUCGAAACCGAGAUGCGUCUCUGGGGUCGAAACUACUGUUCGGCAAUGACAUCAGAGUCGAAACAACCAGACCCGUUCCCGAGAAGUUCCGGAGACGAAACCAACAGCCGGGCUGAUCUUGAGGUUGUAAGUGAAUGCUUCUACUGGACAGCCCACAUUGUCCUUCUGCGGAGAGUAUUCCUAGAUCCUACAAACUCCACACGUGUGCAGCUGAUUCGCAGGCAUAUGUUUCGGCUGAUGGAUGGUCUUGCGUCCGGGUGCGGCCCGGACUCGUCACUGCCGUUUCCAUUUUAUAUAGCCGCCUGCGAGGCUAUGACGAGUGCGGAUCAGAGCUGGGUGCGGAAAAGGCAUACGGACAUGCUAAAUACAUACCGUGAUCGCGCGAGAGAGUCGUUGAUGACUUCUGUUGAGGGCAUUUGGGCGAGAGCAGAAAUGAGUGCAUACAGCGAGACGCAUUGCGAUGAGUUCCGCAGUACAGUCGAUAAUGAGGCUUUGCACUUUUGGUUCUAG